AUGGAACCAAGACAAAAAGAUACACUUACAGUAGGACAACUUGCAGGUCAAUCAUCGAUUGAUCGUGUAGUCUUACCAGAGUACCCAGUCAUUAGCAAAGAACCAACAUUCUCUCAAGUCAACAAGAACUUUAGAGCUUCAGAUUACUUGUAUAUGUUGGCUGUACCAUCAGUUCUCGUAUCUUUUUACUAUUACAAGACUUAUCGUCAUGCAUCAUCAACCGUUGUUGCUGCAGGUUUAGCCUUCCCAGCAAUGUAUGGUGUUUCAUUCCAAAAGGUUAAUCUUAGAUUAAGAGGUUUCUUGGAGAAUCAACCAGAAUGCGAGAAAUAUCAAAUGAACUUUAAUAAGGUUGCCUUGUAA